AUGGCCGCAACCGUCUCUGGCCGCCAGGCUUGGCGGCAGCUGAUGCGAAGCAGCACUGGCACUUUAGCGCCUUCAUCUCUGCUGAGAAGCACGCCGCAACGCCGUCAACUGCCCUCCUCGUUCGUCAAGAGACCCGCGUCCGCUUCAUCCCAAGCCCGACCUCUGUCCACGCGUUCGGGGCCGUCUUCUCCCCUUUCUCAUCAGAAUCACAAGCCGGUCGCGCAGCAACGGCCGUAUAGCACCGGUCUCCAGAGCCACAACACCCCACCACCGCCCCCUCCCCCUCCUCCCCCUCGGCGUAACAAGGGCAACCAGCAGAUCAAGUUCUGGCCGUUCCUGAUUGUCAUUGCACUCGGCUCCGGAGGUUACGUUCUCCUGAUCAACCAACGAAAAGAAAUGUCGGCCGCUAAAGCAGCAAAAGCCAACGCCGCCAACAACACCAACACUACAAUUCCCGCCUUCGACCCCACCGAGGUCACCGUCAUCUUCGUCCUCGGCGGACCCGGUGCGGGCAAAGGCACACAAUGCUCACGCCUGGUUCGCGACUAUCCGCUGGCGCACCUGUCGGCUGGCGACCUGCUGCGGGGCGAGCAAGACCGGCCUGGCUCGCAGUACGGCCAGUUGAUCAAGGACUGCAUUAAGAACGGCGAGAUCGUGCCGAUGGAGGUGACCAUCGCCCUGCUGGAGAACGCUAUGCGCGAGACGAUAGCCAUGACUGGUCGCAAAACUUUCCUCAUCGACGGCUUCCCGCGCAAGAUGGACCAAGCUUUCAAGUUCGAGGAGGUGGUGUGCCCAGCUAAGCUGGUGCUCUUCUACGACUGCCCGGAGAGCGUGAUGGAGAAGCGCCUUCUUGAGCGCGGCAAGACCAGCGGUCGCGCCGACGAUAAUGCUGAGAGUAUUCGCAAGCGUUUUCGCACCUUUGUUGAAACCAGCAUGCCUGUAGUGACGCACUAUGAGAAGGAGGGCAAGGUCGUCAAGGUCGAUUCGACUGCUGAGGUGGACGAGGUCUACAGAGAGACACAGAAGAAGCUGAAGGAGGUGCUGGGCGACAAGCUGUGA